UUCAAAUUGAAAGAGAAAGCUAGAAAACAAAUUUGUUAGGAUUGUAUUUUUCGUUAGAAAUGCCUGAUAUAAGAAAUUUAUUCGAUUGAAAGAAAAAAAACGAAAGUUUCACUGAAACCGUCAUGUCAAAGUCGAAGAAUUACCUGAUUCUGAAGCUUCUAAAGAGGAGAAAAUUGCUGAAACAAGUACGUCAAAUUUGACUACUGCUUCAGAUGAAGUGACAUCAUCGAGCGCUUCAGAAUUUAGGUCAUUGCCUGCCUCAAAAAGGAUACUUGACUGUGAUUUAUCAAGUGUGGAUGAAAAAAACUGUACUGAUGGGUUUAGAAUUAUAGAUAUAAAGAUUUUGAUGUCCAUUUACAACACCUUAUAUGCCCUAAAUGUAAGUCGGGUCACAUUGUUAUGAAGGAAGACAUAACUGCAAAGAUGGGACUUGUGGCACAACUUUCGCUGGAAUGUUCUGCCAAAAUGUGUUCAUAUUCUAUGAAUUUUUAUACAUCAAGUCGGGUGAAUAAUAAGUCUAAAGCUUUUGAAGGAAAUAGAAGGGCUGGGAGAGUGAGAAACAUUGGAGUUGGUCACCAAGGGCUUGUGAAGUUUUGUGGUGUAGUGAACAUGUUGGCACCUAUGAAUGCAAAUUUAUACACCAACCAUGUGACAGCUAUUCAUGGAGCUGCUGAAGUUGUUGCCAAGGCAAGCAUGAAAAGUGCAGCUGAGGAGACAAAGCAGUUUUAUGAACCAGAAGAUGGUGUGUAUGAUAUUGGUUAUUGGUAUUACUGCGGACGGGAUCUGGAGACGAAGGGGAUAUCCAUCUUCCUGCGGGGUCGUUACUGGCAUGUCGUUGAUUACCGGAAAAGUGCUAGACGUUGAAGUCAUGUCAAAUGAAUGCUGGGAGUGUAUUACCUGGAGCAGCAAGAAAGGUUCAGAGGAAUUUGAACAUUGGUGGGAAGGUCAUCAACAUUGCUCAAACCGGGGUGUCAGACAAAGAAGUGUCGCAUGAAAAUAGACUAUGACCAUAUCUCCCAUUCCACACGAAAGAGCUCCGACAAACAUAAAAAUAAGAGAAUCGAAAAAAGAUAAGAAAGAGAAAAAAAGGCUAUAUCGACAACCUGUCAGAAGAGGAAGUUACCCAAUAUGAAGCUGGGGCAUUUUGAGCCCUAAACCUGAACUGAUUAGUUAUACCAAACUUUGCGACUGAUUUUCUCAAUUUGUCAUUUUCGAG